CGUCUACGCCUAUGUGCGUCGUAUAAGCAAAGGCGACGCCGGACCACGUGUUAUGGACAAUUUAAAAUAACCUCCAAGCUCCAAAGCAAGUGUGUCGCAUGUUUUUUACGCCGGUAUUUUACUAUUUAAGCAAUAAGAAAUGACAAGUAACUGCGAUUUAAUAAAGACGAUCGAGGAUGAUCAGGAGAUGCCGGAUUAUUCGGAGAAUUCGGACGAGGAGGACGAUUAUCAACCACGAAAGCAGAAGAAAAAAGAAAGUAAGGACUUUGACAGUAGCUUCCAAUUUACUGCGGCUGAACACAAUUUGGAUCCUUGGAAUGACCUGAGCAAGUACAUUAAACGUAAACCAAACACAAAAUUAGAUGAUAAAAUAAAAAGAAUCAGGAAGGAACAUAAGCAGGCUGGGACGGAGGAUGAUCCUGUUAAAAUUGAACCAGAUCAGGAUGAUCUGGAAACAGAUCAGGAUGAUGAUACAAUUUCUUUAUCAGAAGAUGAGCUUAAAAAGGAUACCUUUAAAAUCAAGAAAAAGAAAGGUAAAACAAAAAAUUUUAAAAAAGAUGAUGAAACUGUCAAUUUUGAGGAAUAUGUAGAUUCUCAAACAUAUGCUACGUUUUAUCAAAUGAACUUGUCUAGGCCUUUGUUAAAGGCUAUAACAACAAUGAAUUUUGUACAUCCAACUCCCAUACAAGCUGCUACCAUUCCUGUAGCUUUAAUGGGUCGUGAUAUCUGUGGCUGUGCAGCAACAGGCACAGGGAAAACUGCGGCCUAUAUGCUUCCUACUUUGGAAAGAUUAUUGUAUAGGCCGUUGGAUGGUCCCGCUAUUUCGCGCGUUCUCGUGCUUGUACCUACCAGAGAGCUGGGAGUGCAAGUUUAUCAAGUGACGAAACAAUUAGCUCAAUUUACAACAAUAGAGGUUGGUUUAUCUGUCGGUGGAUUGGAUGUGAAAAUACAGGAAGGUGUACUGAGAAAAAAUCCAGACAUUGUAAUAGCAACACCUGGGAGAUUAAUCGAUCAUUUAAGAAAUGCUCCAACUUUUUCCUUGGACAGUAUUGAAGUAUUAAUUCUUGAUGAAGCUGAUAGAAUGUUAGACGAAUAUUUUGCUGAACAAAUGAAAUAUAUUGUGAAACAAUGCUCAAGAACCAGACAGACUAUCCUCUUCUCUGCUACUAUGACUGAAGAAGUUAAAGAUUUAGCUGCAGUAUCUCUUGACAAACCUAUUAAAAUAUUCGUGGAUAGCAAUCAAGAUGUAGCUUUCAACCUACGUCAAGAAUUUAUUCGUAUACGUAAGGAAAGAGAAGGAGAUCGUGAAGCAAUUUUAGCAGCGCUAGUUUGCCGAACUUUCCACGAUCAUACUAUGGUUUUCGUGCAAACAAAAAAACAAGCUCACAGAUUACACAUUUUGCUGGGAUUAUUAGGUGUGAAAGUUGGAGAACUUCACGGUAAUCUUACACAACCACAACGAUUGGAAAAUCUUCGGAAAUUCAAAGACGAGGAAAUUGACAUCUUGUUAGCAACUGAUGUUGCCGCAAGAGGUUUAGAUAUAAGUGGCGUAAAAACUGUGAUUAAUUUCGUAAUGCCUGCUACUCUUCAACAUUAUAUACACAGAGUGGGGAGAACUGCAAGAGCAGGACGUGGUGGUGUUUCUGUAUCGUUAGCUGGAGAACAGGAACGUUCUUUGGUAAAAGAAGUUAUUAAGCAAGCAAAAAAUCCAGUCAAAAAUAGGAUAAUACCUCCUGACAUAAUAGAAAAAUAUAAUAAGAAAUUACAAUCCUUGGAACCAGAUGUGGAAAAGAUUCUGCAAGAAGAAAAGAGUGAAAAAGAACUAGCUAAAGUAGAGAAGGAGGCUAAUCGCAUUGAAAAGUUACUUAAGGUUGAAGAUGACAAGGAUAAGAGAAGUUGGUUUCAAUCUAAAAAGGAGAGAAGGAAAGAAAAAGACAAUUUUCGACUAACCAAGAAACAAAGCAAAAGUAAAAAGUAUGAGAAAGAGCCUUCUAAUAUAGUACAAGAAAAAAAGAAGAAACCACAAAAUGAGCUGAAGAAAGAUACAGCUGAGGAUAGAGCUAGGAAAGAAUUAGAAAAAAUAGCCGCCUAUCAAGCGCGAUUAGCAAAAAAAAGUAACAGGCAGAAGAAGAUUAGGACAGUUAUGGAUGAAAGUAAUCGUAAUAUUGCUAGAAAAGGAUCAUUGAAACGACCAAGAUCAUCAUUCGCCGCUGAUUUAACGGACACUAGCAAGAAAGGUGUUAAAAGAAUGCGAUACGAGGCAAACGUUAAGAAAAAGCAGAAUACGUUUAAAACGCAACAGAAAAAUAAAUUUACUGCAAAAGGAAAAGGCCAAAAGAAAUCUUUUAAAAAACGUUAAUUUUGUAAUAUAUAAUUGAACGAUUAAACACACAUGCAACGUGUUA